AUGUCCCAAGCGACCGCCUUCGCGGUCCACGUCGCCGACGCGCGCGCGCUCGCCUCCCGCGCCGCCCACCGCGGCCGCGCGGCGAUGAUCGUCCACCACCCAUCGUCGUCCGGGACCGCGCGACGAUCCCGACUUGCCCGUCGCGGUCCGGUCACCGUCCGCGCGUUCGAACGCGCCGACGACGACGGCCCCGCGAUCAAGAUCGACUUGAAGCUCAGCGACGUCAGAAAGUGCAAGAAGAUCGGCGGCGGUUCCUUCGGCGACGUCUUCGAGGGGACGUACAAGGGCCAGCCCGUCAUCUUGAAGGAGCGCAAGGAGAACAAGGGCGCGCAGGGCCUCCGCUUCUUCCAGACGGAGGCUGCGAUAGGCAGGCGGCUCAAGGGCGCCGCGGGCGCCGCGGAUUUCAUCGGCGUCGCGGGCGCGAACGCGUACCUGGUGUACAAGGACGAAGGCCGAGUCACGCUCGAGUCGAUCCUCGGCAAGCGGGACGGCUUAAAGGACGCCAUGGGCGCCAAGGACGAUGCCGAAGCCGUCAGAAUCUUCGCCAAACAGCUCCUCAGCGCCGUCAACACCGUGCACGGCGCCGGGGUGAUCCACAGGGACGUCAAGCCCGAUAACAUCCUCUUCGCGGGCUCCUCGGGCGGCGGCGUGUUCGGCGGCGGUAAGGGUAAGGUGAAGCUCAUCGACCUCGGCGCGGCGGCAGAUCUGCGCACGGGCGUCAACUACUCCGAGGACGAGACCGUGUUCGACCCGGUGUACGGACCCCCGGAGAAGUACCUCAGCGGCAGCUUCGGGGGUUUGCUCGGGGGUUUGGGCUGGGCGAAGGACAAGCCCGACCUGUUCGACGCGUUCUCGUGCGGGAUGGUCAUCCUUCAGGUGGCGUGCCCGAGUUUGCGAAAGAAGGGGAGCAUGGGCGGCGUCAAGCGCGACCUCAACAUCUACGGGUACGACGCCGAGCGGUGGAGGAGCUCGCUGCCGGAGCGGAGGCAGGCGGACUUUGAGAUUUUGGACGCGAACGGGGGUAAGGGGUGGAAGGCGGUGUGCGGGCUCCUGAGCCAGAAGAAGGGGCGCACAUCCGUCAAGGCGGCGAUGGGCCAGUGGUGA